AUGGGUCUGAAGAGCUCCAACCAUGAGAAAUGGGUUGGAGAAAUAAAAGCCCAUGCUGCUGAGUGGAAAGCGAACGUAACAGCUGAGUUCAGAGAGACGCGGAGGCGGCUCAGCGUGGAGAUCCACGACAAACUUCAGCGGGCAGCUACCAUCCGCAGCAUGGAGCGCAGGCGCCUGGGCCUGGACCAGAGGGCCCACUCCCUAGACAUGCUCUCCCCAGAGAAGCGCUCUGUCUUUACUGCCUUGGAAACGGGGCGCUUCAAGGCCUCGUCUCAGGAAAGCAUCAACAACAGGCCUAACAACCUGCGCCUUAAAGGGUCGGAUCAACUCAACAAGCAUGGGCAGGGGGCAUCUGAGGACAACAUCAUUAACAAGUUUGGAUCAUCUGCCAAGAUGACCAAAAGGAAAAACAAAGAUCUCAAAAAGACCAUCCCUGAGGAUGUGCGUAAAAUCUAUGAGACCUUCCGAAACUACUCCUUGGAUGAAGAAAAAAAGGAAGAAGAAACAGAGAAGAUGUGUAAUUCUGAGAACUCUUCCAGCACUGCAGUCCUAACCAACUGCAUCCAGCAGCACUCGGACCUGGAAAAUGGAAUGAUCCCCACAGAAACCAAAGAAAGGGAACAUGAAAACAAAGCAUUACUUGAAGACAGAAAUUAAAUUUAAGAGAUGCUUGACUUGAAUAAACAAUGCUAGUGUUUUUAUAUACAUAUAUAUAUUGAGACACGUGCCUUAUACAGACUCCUUAUUCAGUCUGAAUUACAUAGCAUCGAAGAAUAUUUCACUGUGCCAUAAAGACUCAAGCUUGCUCUGCCAAAACAAAUCAGGAACACAGCACUGCAGAAUGGCAAAAGAAAGCUACGCACAUGGAAAUUUCAGCCUGUAUAAAAUUACCAGGGUAAGACACAAAGGAAAAGCCUGAACCACGGCAGUACCACCAGAAUGCUGCCACCAUCGCAUGACAUUAGACAAAGGGCAGCUAUGUAAGAAGAACCUUUCAAAAGAAUGGAAAUGAUCAUAUCUUUUAAAUGGAGUAUGUACAUUAAGCCUUUCCCUGGUGAUUAUAAAGAGGAGAAAUGUUUGGAAUUAACUAGAAACUUUCAGUAAGGUUUAGUUUACGUUUUUGGCACGUGAUCCAGGCUAGAUUUUUUCUUUUCAUUUUUAAAUCUGAUGCAUUAUCUUUCUAAACUCCAUAAGAAUGUCUGCGGACACAGCCACCAGCUAAAUGCUGGUUUGAAAAACCAACACAGAUGUAUUUAAGGGUUGGAUUGCUCUUUCCAUUAAAAACAAAAGAAACUCUGUGGGUAUUUAUCAUAAUCAGUAAAGAAUAAAAUAAAAGAACAUGGAUUUUUUUCUCUUGUAGGAAAUAUUCAGUGUAAACUCAAUGCAAGAAAGUACAUAUGAAGAAAAGGCAACAUUUCAUGACGUGUUGUUUAAAAGAAGAAAAAUAUUAAUUUAAUAAUAUUUGGCUAAGUGUAUUAAACAGUGGGCCAACUGUUUUUUUUUUAAAUGAAUUUCUGAUUCAUAAUUUCUACCACUGAAAGAACUUCAAUUUUAAUGUUGUAAGACCAUGAAAACAGAAGAAAAGCUAUAGCUUUUGCAUGUCAGCAAACUGCUGUUCUCUGCAGCUCAAUCAAAUUUUUUUAAAAAGAGUCAUAAGAGCAUAUAUAUAUAUCCAAAUGAGGGUUAGGGCAACCAUAUGAUC